CGACUAUUUUACUUUCUCCGACCAAAAGCACACGAAAUGGCGUCUCUUGGCCAAAUCACGCUCCCGCGAGCGCCGUCAUUGGAGAUGAGCCUCCUACGCCGUCGAUUUAAUCAACCAAUCAAAACCCGAAUCGGAUUCAACGGCCGGAUCGUGAGCAAGCAAGCGCAGGUUUCGGUGAAAGCGAGCGUGAGCCAGAAGGUGAUCGAAGAAGAGGCGAGAGUUCUGGUGGGCACAUACGCACGUGCCCCCGUGGUGCUCUCGAGUGGGAAAGGUUGUAAAUUGAUGGACGCAGAAGGGAAAGAGUAUUUGGAUUGUGCAUCUGGAAUCGCUGUGAAUGCUUUGGGACAUGGAGAUCCUGUUUGGCUUCAAGCUGUCACUGACCAAGCUUCUCUUCUUGCCCACGUCAGCAAUGUCUAUUACACCAUUCCUCAGAUAGAACUAGCAAAACGACUUGUGGCAAGUUCUUUCGCAGACCGUGUAUUCUUCUGUAACUCUGGAACAGAAGCCAAUGAAGCAGCCAUUAAGUUUUCUAGAAAGUUCCAGAGAUUCACUCAUCCUCAAGACAAGGAAGUCGCCACGAGAUUCAUCGCAUUUACGAAUAGUUUCCAUGGAAGAACCUUGGGAGCUCUUGCCUUGACAAGCAAAGAACAGUACAGAACUCCGUUCGAACCCAUCAUGCCUGGCGUUACAUUCUUGGAAUAUGGCAACAUUCAAGCUGCUACAGAUCUUAUCAGGUCGGGUAAAAUAGCUGCAGUGUUUGUGGAGCCUAUUCAAGGAGAAGGAGGAGUUUACUCUGCUACAAAAGAGUUUCUACAGUCUCUUCGCUCUGCUUGUGAUGCUGCUGGAUCUCUUCUCGUCUUCGAUGAGGUUCAGUGUGGUUUGGGUCGAACCGGUAACCUUUGGGCAUAUGAAGCAUUUGGUGUAACACCUGACAUAAUGACACUCGCAAAGCCAUUAGCAGGUGGUUUACCAAUUGGAGCGGUGCUUGUGACUGAAAAAGUUGCUGAGACCAUCAAAUAUGGAGAUCAUGGAAGCACAUUUGCAGGGAACCCUCUUGUGUGCAGUGCAGCCAUUGCUGUUUUUGAUAAAGUAUCCAAACCCUCUUUCUUGUCUAGUAUCUCGAGCAAAGGUCUAUACUUUAAGGAUCUGUUGGUGGAAAAGUUAGGAGGAAACGUGCACGUGAAGGAAGUGAGAGGAGAAGGGCUUAUCAUUGGAGUGGAGCUUGAUGUGCAGGCAGGACCAUUGGUGGAUGCUUGCCGUGAUUCUGGUCUUCUGAUAUUGACGGCAGGGAAAGGGAAUGUCGUUAGGAUUGUUCCGCCGUUGAUCAUAUCGGAGGAGGAAAUCGAACGUGCGGUUGAGAUUAUGUCUCACAAUUUAAAUGCGCUUGACUGAAUAUUGAGGUAGAACAUAAAUGUUCCUCGAUUAUGGACUGUGUUUUUAAAAUUCUAUACUUUUCUUAAAUAAGCUCAAGUGUAUCAGUAAAUUGGCCUGUUAAAAUUCAUAACUGCUGUUUCUUGGUUUUUUCAUGAUUGAAUUUGUA